AUGGAAGAUAUCGGUGGUGUUUUGUCUACUUUAUUGAUCGAUGAAGGCUCGUGGCCCCGAGGGAGCAUUGUAUUUUUGGAUGGCGACUUGGGUGCCGGAAAAACAGCCUUUGCCCGUGGUUUUGUUCGCGCGGCGAUUGGCGAUCCAGUCCUUCGUGUGACCUCCCCAACCUACUUACUAUCGAAUACCUACGCACUGCGCCGAGGAUACGAGAUUCACCACAUGGAUCUCUACCGUUUGUCUGAAAAUCCCGAGGACUUAAUGCCGCUCAACUUGGAUCAAGCUUUAUCCAAUGGCAUCUCGUUAAUUGAGUGGCCAAUACGAUUAGGAAGAGAUAAAAUUCCUCCACAGCGAUUGGAAGUGCACAUUACAAUUCCAAGCGAAUACACUGUGGAAGAUGUGGAUACCGAAGACAAACUACGUCACCUGACGAUGACGCCGUACGGAAGCAUUUGGGAGGAGAGACUGCAAAGACUACUGGCGAGCGGAUACGUCGAUGACUUGAUCCUGGAACCAUAA